GGAGGGGCCUCCAGCUGGCCAAUCAGAAGCAGCCGUUGCACAAUGGGGGGGAGCCAGGCCCGAUCCCCGUCGGCCGUGGGCCUGAGCCGGAGCGAUGCUGAAGACGAUGACCUUCCAAGGCCUGCCAGGCCCGCAGCGGGGGCCAGGGGCCCUUGACUUCCCGGGGAGCCCCCUGAAGUUUCGCACUGCGUCCGAGGCGGAGUCCGAGGCCUCCAUGUCCGAGGCCUCCAUGUCCGAGGCCUCCUCGGAGGACCUGGUGCCACUCCCGGAGGCCCAGGUGGCCCAGGAGAGGGGCGAGGAGGAGGCUUCGAAGAAGAAGAAGAAGCCCAAAGGCCUGGCCAACAUGUUCGGCAUCUUCUCCAAAGGGAGGAAGAAGGGCCAGGAGCCCGCGGGCAGGCCUGAAGCCAAGCCCGGGCCGGGGGGCCGGCUGCCCACAGUGGAGGAGCUCAAGGCGGACCUGGAGCGCGGGCGGCUGGAGGCGGCGGCGCCGCUGAUGCAGCUGGAGCGGGAGCUGCGGGCGGCGGCGGCGGCGGGCGGCACGAGCGAGGAGGAGCUGGUGCGGCGCCAGAGCAAAGUGGAGGCGCUGUACGUGCUGCUGCGCGACCAGGUGCUGGGGCCGCUGCGCCGGCCGCUGGAGGCGGAACCCGAGCGGCUGCGCCAGGCGCUGGCCGUGCUGGCCGAGCAGGAGCGCGAGGACCGCCGCGUGGCGGCCGCGGAGCCCGGGGCCUCGGCGCUGGCGGCCACGCGCCCGCGGCACUGGCUGCAGCUGUGGCAGCGCGCGGUGGCGCGGGAGGCCGAGGAGCGGCUGGGCCGGCCGGCCGCCGCCGCCGCGGGCCUCUCGGAGGCCGAGCGCACGUUCCUGGGCAUGGGCCGCACCAUGAAGGAGGACCUGGAGGCCGUGGUGCAGCGGCUGAAGCCGCUCUUCCCCGCCGAGUUCGGCGUCGUGGCCACCUACGCCGAGAGCUACCACGCGCAGUUCGCGGCCCAGAUCGCGGCCAUGGCGCAGUUCGAGCUGUGCCAGCGCGACACCUACCUGCUGCUGCUCUGGGUGCAGAACCUCUACCCCAACGACAUCAUCAACAGCGCCAAGCUGGCAGGUGAGCUGCAGGGGGUCAACCUGGGGAGCCUCCUGCCUCCCAAGCAGAUCCGGCUGCUGGAGGCCACGUUCCUGUACAACGAGGUGGCCAGCGUGAAGGAGCUGAUGACCCGAGCCCUGGAGCUGGAGUCGCAGCGCUGGGCCCAGGAUGUGGCCCCCCAGAGGCUGAACGGCCACUGUCACAGCGAGCUGGCCAUCGACAUCAUUCAGAUCAUCUCCCAGGGCCAGGUCAAGGCCGAGAGCAUCACGCUGGACCUGGGCAAGCAGAUCAAGCACAUGCUGCUGGCGGAGCUGGCUGCGUUUCUGAGGAGCUACCAGCGGGCCUUUGAUGAGUUUCUGGAGAGGUGCAAACAGCUGAGAAAUUACAGGGCCAAUGUCAUGGCCAACAUCAACAAUUGCCUGUCCUUCCGGAUAUCCAUUGAGAAGUGGCAGGCGCCACAGGACCUCCUGAGCCCCCUGAAUGAACUCAAGAGCCACGGCUUUGACACCCUGCUCCAGGGCCUGUUCUGGGACCUGAAGCCGCUGUUCAAGAGGCUCACGCAGACCCGCUGGGCGGCCUCCGCGCAGACCCUGGAGGAAGUCGCCUCCACCGUGGAGGCCAGGCUGCCCGAGUUCUCGGAACUGCGCGAGUGUUUCCGGGAGGAGCUCAUGGAGCUGGUCCACCUGCACCUGGUGAAGGAGUACAUCGUGCGGCUCAGCAAGCGGCGCCUGGUCCUCAAGACCGCGGAGCAGCAGCAGCAAUUGGCCGGGCAGGUCCUGGACAACGCCAACCUCAUCCAGCACUUCUGCACUCAGAACGGCUCCCCGGCCACCUGGCUGCAACACGCCCUCCCGACGCUCGCCGAGAUCAUUCGCCUGCAAGACCCCAGUGCCAUCAAGAUCGAGGUGGCCACUUACGCCACCUGGUACCCUGACUUCAGCAAAGGCCACCUGAGCGCCAUCCUGGCCAUCAAGGGGAACCUGUCAAGCAGUGAGGCCAAGAGCAUCCGGAGCAUCCUGGACGUCCCCACGGGGGCCCGAGAGCCGUCCAAGUCCCUAUUUUCACUUAUAAAACCUGGUUAGCUUUUCCUGUGGACGGACCUGCUUGUGAGCCCGGCGAGCUUCAGACACACUCCACUUCGAGCCAGUCACCCCACUUGGCUUCCAGCCCUCCCAGGCCUCCUGCCUUCUGCUGCUGCUGCCCAGCCCUGGCCAUGGUGCAGGCCCGGGGGCAGCUGGACCGGACGAGUCCCCGUUCGUUACCAGCCUGGUGGGGCGGAGCACCGCUCUGAGGAGCCAGAGGCCGUACCUGAGAAGUGGCCGUUGGUCGUCAUGCACUAAAGGAGGCAGAGUGGCCAUGGGUCAGCGACCUUGGGUCCCCUCCUAUCCGGGGGGCCCUCCCCGUCCGCCUCAGAGCUGCCCUUGUGGCCGGGGCUGAGUGCCUAGGGCCGGAGGCCGAGCCUUACCUACCUGCCCCCUUCACCCAGGGCUGCGACCAGCUGCGCUCAGCAAGUCUGGAAUGGAAGGCAGCUGGGAGGGAAGAAGGGAAAGAUGAGCUCUUACCUGGGGCUGGAAAGGGGCGGGGCAGUCACCUGCAGGCUCGGGCAGAGCCCGCAUCAGAGCCCCUCCAGUUGCCCCCCAACCCCUGCAGCUCAGACCCCGACCCCUCUCUGCUUGCAUUGCCCGAAGGCACCCCCUGCCCAGAAGGGGGCCUCCUGGGUUUUCUAGGGUUCAGCCUGCCCCCCAGGCAGGCCCAGGCCCAGGCCCAGGGGUGCCUUCCUGGGUCCUCCACCUGGAAGUCCGGCUGAGGUCUGGGCUGGGCGAGCUUGACCUCUGACCCCUCUGCACCUAUAUGAGUUUCUUACUGCUGCUAUAACGAAUUUCCACAAACUUGGUAGCUUAAAACAAGACUAACUUUUCAGUUCUAGAGGUCAGAGUUCUUCUGAUGCGGGUCUGGUGGGCUGAAGGCACGGGGCCCGGCGCUGGGCCCCGCUGGCGGCUCCAGGGGAGGGUUCCCGGCCUCUUGCGGUUUUUAGAGGCCGCCUUUCCGGACGGCGCGGCUGGGGCCCCAUCCGUGUCAGAGCCUUGCACGUGCAGCGCUUCGCUCCUGCCUUCCGCUUCCACUCGCAAGGAGCCAGCGCUUACCUUUGGCCCCUGCGGACGGAGAGCCCGCACCGCUCUCUCCGAAGGCCGGCUGGUUGGCAACCUGGUUUCGUUCCCUUUCCCGCGGAACCUCGCAUGGUCACAGGUUCCAGAGCUUAGGGCGUGGGCAUCUUUGGGGGACCGUGGUUUUGCCCACCACGGCCUCCAUUCAUCCCCUGCCCUGGAGAGCACCUGGUCCUGCCCCAGGAAGACGGGUUCAGUUACCCCCUGGCCUCUGCCCACCCCACAGGCCCUCAGCAGACUCCGGUGUGAGUGACAGCCUGUGAGGGCACCGCCAGGUCGGGCCAGCGCUCUCCAGGGUCUGUCCCCUCCGCCCAGGUACUUGGCCAGGGACUGGCCGUGUAAACGGUGCGCAGAGCCUUUGUACAUUUGUGGGAACUCACGUGUUGGGAGUCAUUAAUGUUAUUUUUGAGAGCACUGCUUUUGUACGAGUGUCCUCGGGUUUUGUAGCGUGACAUAAAGCUGACUUCAG